AAAUAACAUACACGUGAGCCAUCCAUCCAACACUACCAACCAGUUUUCCUCAUGAUUCAAAAAGAAAUUAAACCAUCUGGGAAAAAUAAGACGUAUAAAUAAACAUGAACAAGUAGAGAAUAGAAGAAAGUUCACGAUCCGAUUUUUUCUUUUUCAAAAAGAAAAAAUGGAGGAAGAGAUCAGAAACUUGAUCAAGAUCUGGUUAACAGUAAUCCCAUGUCUGUAUUACUGUUAUCGAGUCGGCAACUUCAUCCCAAAAGGAUUCACGAGACUCAUCUUCUUCCUCCCCAUAAUUUCUAUCUUCUUCUUCCUCCCUCUCAAUCUCCAUUCUCCUCAUCUUCUUGGCACCACUGGUUUUUUUCUUUCGUGGCUUGCCAACUUCAAACUUCUCCUCUUUGCUUUCUCCAAAGGUCCUCUCUCUUCCCACCCCAACAUCACUUUCCCUCUCUUUCUCUCACUUUCUUGCUUACCCAUCAAGCUCCAGCAAAAAACAAAUCUGGGUUCUAAAUCUCAGAAACACCCAUCGCCAAAACCCAAAGAGGGUCCUGUAAAUUACACAAUCAAAGGUCUAUGCGUCGCCGCUUUGAUCAAACUGUAUGACUACAGCGAAUACAUACACCCAAAAGUUAUAUUAUUAUUAUACGCAUUUCAUAUUUACUUCCUCCUUGAGCUCAUCCUCGCCAUGGUUGCAGCCCUGGCUCGAGCCUUUAUCGGAUUGGAGCUCGAACCACAAUUCGACGAACCAUAUCUCGCAACUUCGUUGCAGGAUUUUUGGGGAAGACGAUGGAAUCUGAUGGUCACCAGUAUCAUGCACCCGACCGUAUACGAACCUACCCGUGAGAUUUUCUCGCCGGUGAUUGGUCGGAGAUGGGCCCCACUUCCAGCUUUCUUCACCACGUUUUUAGCCUCCGGUGUAAUGCACGAACUCAUGUUUUACUACUUGGCGCGUCUGCCCCCCACCGGGGAGAUCACCUCGUUUUUUCUCAUCCAUGGAUUUUGUUCAACGGUCGAGAUUGGUUUGAAGAAAUUGAUUUCCGACAGAUGGCGGUUUCCCCGAGUGAUCUCUUGCCUGCUCACCGUUGGAUUCGUUUUGGUCACCGGGAGUUGGCUGUUCCUCCCGCAGUUUACCAAGAGUAGAAUUGAUGAGAAGGCGUUUGAGGACUACGCGGCAGUUGGCGCGUUUGUUAAGAAUAUAAGUAAAAGGGCUCUGGAGAUUGUGGUCUAGGCAACGGCUUUUGAUUUUUCCACAGUUUUAACGGUUCUGAUUGCGGAACUACAUUUAAACGUCAUAUGAUGAUGCACCCAUGUUUUCUAGAAUUUUUAUAUUUUUUAUUUUGUACGCGUAAAUUCGUUGACCGACUGAUAGUAGUUAUAAA